UGCUUUGGGUUGCACUCAAUGUCAUAUUUCUUAACAAAAUCAAAAUACUCAUAUCAUUCUCUAUUAGCUUCUAAUAGACGCACAAUCGACCAAAUUGAGCUCGGCAGCACACGCGGGGUUUACAUGAUACAACCCCAUUAUGAACCCAUUCCCCACGCGGGCGUAUUUUCUGCACAGACUCGUUUAGCUUGGCAGAAUGUACUGUAUUUUAAAGAGCAUUUUAAAUUAAUGCAUGCACAGUUAUAUAGUCACAAUCUGCUCAUUUUACUGCUUUCUGAGUAAAAGGUGAAUACGUGAUUUUUGUUUUUACGGAAGGCUAUAUUGUCUGUUUUUGAAAAUCUACUAACGUUGACUAAACCUGGGAUCUUCACGUCCAGCUGUCGCAACGCUGAAACGGAUUUCUUAAACCCUCUCAUGCCACAUCGGAGGUUGUGUCAUAUAAACCUCAACUGUGCCUUUUCCGUUUCCGACUAAACGCCACCAUUUCCGAAUUUGAUUGCUCAUGUCUGUGGGUGCAACUAGGAAUUCGCACCGAGUUGGAAGAAAAGCCUGGAAGACGACCGGUUUAAGAGCCGCCAAUGUCUUGCGAGGAGGUAGUGCUAACCGUGCGCCUGGUGCGCUCCUUCGAGCACCGCAACUUCAAACCCGUCGUGUUUCGAAACGUGAACCUGAACCAGACGGUGAAAGAAUUUAUCGCUGCCGUGAAGGACGUAGUGCCCCCAGGUCAAGCCUACGCGAAAGCCACCUCCUGCCAUCUGUGCCCACUGUUAGAGACGCUGUUUUCUCUCAAUACAGAUGUCUCUGCGAGACCAGGGCUGCCUCCACCAUUCAAAAAGUUCGAAUACGACACGAUGAAGAUAAUUCACCAAGCGCACGGAGCUAAGCUGGACACACAUCACUGAUGCAAUCUAGACAAGCCCAGUGCCCUGUAAACUUGCUGACUCAACAGCGGGGUCACCGUGACCCCGCCAGGCUCCAGGGCCGGGCAGAACACUCUUCUCCCAGGACCCGAUCGGUGCUGGACGUGUAAGAUCCUCUGUCAGCACCAUGUCAUCACAGAAUGUUGUUCUUCUUUGCUUUGUUCUGUCAGGUCAGUGCUAUAAAGUUCAGCGACAAGAGGCCCAGAGUCUGUGUUUUAAAGAGCUUAAUUGAAUCUUGCAAUUCACGCUUUGCCUGGUGAUUUACUGAAAGCUAAAUGUAUUUAGCAGUUAUUUUAUCGAGAGCAGCAGCAUGCCAGUAAUCAUCAGGCCACAGGUGAUCACAACACAACCCGCGCGGCGGUGGCGCUGUGAGGGACCGUAGAGCCCUCACCUGUACCGUUCCCUUUCAGACGAACGAGCUAGUGAUGAGUUUGGAAGACGAUGACAAACUGAUCCUGAAGGACGACAGCACUUUGCAAGAGGCUGGAGUCG